AUGUGGAUGGAAGGGUGUCGCCGCGUUGAGGAUGUGAUGGUCGCUUUGCAGUCGGGUCCAGAGAACCGGGAACCUCAGGCGGUGGGGAGAGUUGCUGUUCAGGCUGUUUGCACGGCAACUGGAAAGCUGCAGCACUCUUCAACAGGCAUUGGAAUAUGCUCAGACGUGUGCAGCAUCUGGAUGGAAGGGUGUCGCCACGUUGAGGAUGUGAUGGUCGCUUUGCAGUCGGGGCCAGAGAACCGGGAACCUCAGGCGGUGGGGCGAGUUGCUGUUCAGGCUGUACGCGUGAACGACUCGAAGAACGUGAACUGCAAGGCCGGUUAA